UCUCUCUCUUUGAUUUCUGUGAUUUCUCUGAUUUCUCUGAUUUCUCUGAUUUCUCUCUCUUGCUUUCUCACCUACACCCACCGCUGAUGACUCAAUUGUCCUCUCUCUUUCUCUCUCUUGCUUUCCCAUGCGCCAUUGCCCCAAUUCUCGGCAAGUACCCCAGAAAUCACGAGUUCUAGAGCUACUGUUGCCGUUUCAGAGACGAAUUCCAAGCUGUUGUUGCAACUGGGGGCUGGGGAUCCAAGCUCCGUCUGAGCUUAGAUCCAGAGCCCCGUCGCCCCGCCACCGCCUUCAUUGCCUUUUCAUUUUGUUUCUUUAGCUCUAAGGUUGUUUCUUUUUGUGAAUGUAAUGGCGGUGUUGUAGCUGUGGCGCUGAGGUUUUGGUGUUUUUGAGCUCAAGACGUCUGCUUUAGGGUUGAAUGCACUGGUAAAGAGGGCUGGUUUGAGAUCUGAGGAAUGCUGGUGGUGUGAGAGAGCGGAGGAAUAUUAGCAUUUGGAAUAUGUCGUCAUCUGGGAGUUCUCUCAAAGAACACCUGACCAAGAAAACUGAUGUGUUUGGUCUUGAGCUAUGGGAGAUAAUUGGAAUAACUGUAAUGGUGUUUAUAAUUUGUGUGCUUGCCAUAGUAGUGAUAUGCACUACUGUUCAGAGUCGAAAGAGGAGAACCAGAAGGACUCUGAACAACCUCCCCAUCACUCAGAUUCCGGCAGUUUCAAAGGAAAUCAAGGAGGUGAGAGUGGAGCAUGUCUCAUCAAAUAACUAUGCAGCUGGUGAUGGAAUGCCUAUGAUGAUUCAGGAUAAGAACCGCGAAGAUGAUUCCAAUAAGCUGGUGGUUCACUUGGGCAAAUCUAAAAAUGCUGACUAUAAUAGUCAUUCUGGAUCAUUUCAUCAUACUGAGAAUGGGUCGCAGUCUGGUGAAGAAGGGAGUUCAGGAACAGUUACUGGGUACAGGUCUUCUUCUUACCCCAUAACAGCCCCUUCUCCUUUGGCAGGGCUCCCUGAGAUCUCUCAGCUUGGUUGGGGUCAUUGGUUUACUUUGCGUGACUUGGAAAUUGCAACCAAUCGAUUUUCAAGGGAAAAUAUUCUUGGUGAGGGUGGUUAUGGUGUUGUUUACCGUGGCUCUCUGAUUAAUGGAAUUCCAGUUGCAGUCAAGAGGCUUCUUAACAAUAUGGGCCAAGCUGAGAAGGAAUUCAGGGUUGAGGUUGAGGCCAUUGGCCAUGUCCGCCACAAGAACUUGGUUCGGCUUCUGGGUUACUGUAUUGAAGGCACUCAAAGGAUGCUUGUCUAUGAGUAUGUCAACAAUGGAAAUCUGGAACAGUGGCUUCAUGGAGCUAUGCGGCAGCAUGGUAGUCUCACUUGGGAGGCUCGGAUAAAGAUUCUCCUUGGCACAGCAAAAGCUCUUGCUUAUUUGCAUGAGGCCAUUGAGCCAAAAGUGGUUCAUCGGGACAUAAAGUCAAGUAACAUAUUGAUUGAUGACGGUUUCAAUGCAAAAGUCUCUGAUUUUGGUUUGGCAAAGCUACUUGGUGCUGGGAAAAGUCAUAUUGCCACAAGGGUUAUGGGGACUUUUGGCUAUGUGGCUCCAGAAUAUGCAAAUUCUGGGCUUUUGAAUGAAAAAAGUGACAUUUAUAGUUUUGGGGUUGUCCUUUUGGAAGCAAUUACUGGGAGAGAUCCAGUGGAUUAUAGCCGCCCUUCAGAUGAGGUGAAUCUUGUGGACUGGCUUAAGAUGAUGGUCGGCAGCAGGCGUUCUGAAGAAGUGGUUGACCCGAGUAUAGAGACUAAGCCAUCGACAAGAGUCCUGAAACGAGCACUUUUGAUAGCUUUGAGGUGUGUCGACCCAGAUCCAGACAAGAGACCGAGAAUGAGUCAAGUUGUGAGGAUGCUGGAAUCAGAUGACCCGAUUCCACGCGAGGAUCGGAGGCGUAGACACAAUCAUGGUGUGAGCACCGAAGCCGAAAACUCCGAUACUGACAAAAGCGACAACCCUGAUUCGAAGUCUGAUGGCGCACAGGACAAUAGACCAUCUUCUAUCAAUUAAGACAUUUGGUACAUUCUUUGUAUGCUUUAGACAGUCUAGGGAAGAAGUCCAUGUAAGUACUUUGUUUUCUGUGACUUUCAUGUGUACAGGUUUGUAAUUUCUGAAGGAUUUGAGAUCUCUAUUUAUGUUUUCCCUCAAGAGGCAUAUGCCCUGCUGCGUUAUUGUGUUCAAAUUGAAGAUAUUUGUUGUUUAUCAA